GUUUAAACAUAUUUUUUUUGUUACUCGUUCGAGCCUUGUUGCCGUACAAAUUUCAACAACACAAUUAUAUAAACAACACCGCAGAACUCCAUGUCAAUGGUCGAAGCUUUGGAAUGGAUGAACUCCAUGAAAUGUCUUAGGCAGAUCUGUAAGGAUGAUGAAAAAUUCAUGAACACAGACAGAAAUCUAAAUUUGGAUAGUAACAGUGAGAGGGUGCGCGACAACGUGGCCAAGCUUUACGUCAGAUAUAUGGUAACCAGUAAUCAACUAAAUGAAUGUUACAAAUACAUUAUACAACCACAAAUACGAAUUCUAAUAAAAAAAACAGUAAUGUGCAUGUAUGGACGUAUAUUUGAGCUUAAACAAAUUCUUGUCAAUGAAGAUUCAUCAAUAUAUACACCAAUAAUCACAGAAUUAGUUUUUAUGAAAAUAUUGUACGAAAAGUUUGAAUUAAAAAUACCUGAAUAUUUUCGAGAGGAGAGGCAAUUAUUUUUGAAUGACAUGGAUAGCGAAAUCGAUAAUAUAAAAAUAUUAUACAGCGUGAAAAACAAUAAUGAUUUAAACCAACUACAAGAAGAAAUAAGCAUAACAGAAGAACAAAGUGUCUUUGAUAGUCAAUUCAUCAGUCAAGAAGUAACAGAAUCAAAUUCCGUAAACGUUAAUGAAGGAGAUAUUAUGACUUACAAAAUACCAGAUUUUAACAUGACCGAAUUACUAGACGAAAUCCAAGAAAAACAAAACAAAGCGGACAUGAUGUUAAGGACAGCCUUAAAUAAUUAUGAAGAACGUUUUAAUCAGAUCUACAAAUUUAUAAUAAUGGAUAAGAUCCAAGACCUUUUACAAGCAUAUAUAUGGAUAUAUUAUAAAAAAACUAAAAAUUUACCGUCUUGGCCAGAAGACCCAACGCCAAUGUUCACCAACAACGAUACAUCUACACUAAUUUUGUCGAAUGCUGUCUUAAAGAAUAUAUCGGAUAUUUACGAUAUGUUAGAAUCACACGAACAAGUACCACUCGGUGGGCCAAACAUUUUCAAUACGUACAAUUGGACAACUGAAGUAACUGAAAUAAUUGCACCGUUAAUUGUAGGAUUUGAAAACGAAUCAACCAAAGAAAAUAAACAGAAUGAUAACACAGUAAGUGUAGAGGUUAUUCAGGAAAAAAGUGAACUAACGAAAUGGUUUACAGAAGUAUUCGACGAAUAUGAUAGAUUUUGGACCGUAGAUAGUGUACUUAAUGAAAAACCUAAAGAAAAUUUGAUCAAAGCUAUAAUUUUUGCAAAAUAUAAAGUUGAACUUAGAACUAUGGCGUAUACAACUAUGAAUGAAAAUCUUGAAAGGCUUAAAAUAACGCGUAGUCGUGAUAUAGGAAUAAAGUAUGUAACACCAAAAACAAAAAAAUCCAAAUUCAAAGGUUCUAAAAAGAAAUCUUCCAAAAAUCUUCCCCCAACUUUGGAAGAGAUAUUAGAAGAAUUUGUAAGAAAUAAAAUGCUUAAAAAUUCAACAACCACUAAAUUUGAUGACUUUUUCGGAGAAGUGUCAUAUAGCGCUAAUGUAUUAAGAGAAGAACCACAUUAUUAUGACCAUCCGUAUGGUUUAGGUGAUUUACGCCAAAUUAUUAAAGAACAAUAUGUAAUUGGUUUGAUUUCUUCGGACCUUCGUUCAUUGAAUCAAAUACAUUUUCAUUCAUCCUUUUUGAUAGCUGGCCCUGAAAAAUCUGGCAAGUCUUUAUUAAUAAACGCUAUAUGUACGGAAACUGGUUCGUUAAAGAUUGAACUAAAUUUUAAAAAUUUGUUUGAAUAUUAUCCAGAUGUUAAAAAAAUUAAUACAUUGGUCCUUAAAAUUAUCAUGUUUGCCCGAGCACAUCAACCUGUAGUAAUUGAAGUCGACUUAGCAGAUAUUCCAUUUUAUAAGAAAAUUCCAAAAGAUUUUAAAAUGUUCAAGCCAGACUUAAUGGUAAAAUUGUUGUCAAAACUUUUACAACAACUAAAAAAAACUGAACGAGUAAUAGUUAUAGGGAAAGCCAUAAGUCCAUGGUUAGUUGCUGAAAAAAAAUUGACACGAGUAUUUCAAACGAUCUUGUUCACUGUACCUGACUACGAGACAAUACUGUUAUUCAUCACCGAUUUACUGAUGAGUUAUUCAAUGGUUCGCGAAGAAAUCCCAAUUACAGAACUGACCACAAUGAUGUUUGGUUAUCCAAGACAGAUAAUAGCCGAUAUAGUGGCAAAAGUAAUGACCCCUGGAAGGGUGUUAUCACUCGCGAAUAAUCGUUUGGAUCCCAAAGAAUUUAUUCCCGUAAUGAUAAACUAUCCAAAGGAUCCAAAUCUAUGCGAUAAAUAUCACAAUUGGUAUAGAAAAUUUAUACCUAUGGGCAAAAGGAGAAGAUUAGAAAUGGAAAAAAAAUAA